GAAGACUUGAUCAAAAUAAAUAUUUGUAUUAUUUUGUAUAUGGCUUUCUGGCUGGUAUUGAUUAAUAUCUAAUAAAUAGAGUAUGGAUACACAUCAUUUAAUACAACAUGCCUAAGUUCACGAAGGCUACUGCAGUUAGCCCUGUGUUUCCAUGCUUAAAUAUCUACCCCAUGGCAACUGCUAUCCCGUUGAUAUAUUGUGCUGUACUGUCGAGGUAAACAGCCAUUGAAAUGUCAGUGUUUCCUUUAGUGUUGGUCAAAUUAAGCCCGCCCGCACCAAAUUCACCCUGUUCGUGAUGCGGAGGAGGACUUCGGCGUCUUAUUACCAACAACCAACCCAGUUCUGCGCGGCGAGGUUUCCCAGCCCAACUACAACGAGCGAACUCACGUCAAGCCCAGCCCCGUUGCCCGAAUCGCUUUGCGCUUCCUCCUGCUCAAUGCCUGCAAGUCUCUGCAAGCAGCAAUUUGGCGGUCAAUGCGCCGGUCUUUUUUAAGUGCCCCGAGCAAAAUUAAGAAGCACCCCUAGACAGGAGUAUUGUGGUCAACACAAAGGACGAGCGCCAGCCCCCUCGGGCGAGAAAGGUGAUCGCUUCUUCAUCACGCUUCACGAACCGCUGACGCUGCCCCGGUUCCGAGUGGAGACCUUAAUUUGGAUUCAGCUGACCGAUGUAGGGGAAGACAACAUAGGUGGCUUGUUGUCAGAUAUUACAUUCGAGCGUUUCGUCCAUCUGGACCGUUAGAAGUUUUGGUUUACAAGCUGUCCAACGUGCAAAUACACGCACAUCAGCUGGGAUUUUUUUCCUGUUACUGACCACGGAGCGAGGAGAACAAUCGAAUGCCUUCAUUGAGAAGACCGCGACAAACACCAUCGGAUCUCUUCGUGAUUAGUAACCACUUCUUCGUGGGUUCUGAAGACAAAGCGCCUUCUUACCUGAAUUAGACCCCAUCUACAGCUCUAUAUACCUGCUUGAGCUUUUCAAGAUGCAGCUUCGGACAGUUUUGGAUGUAAAAGUGGUAGAUGUGGAGAAGAGACGUCACCCCUCAAAGCAUUACGUGUAUCUGAUCAAUGUAACCUACUCUGACACCACCUCCCAAGUCAUCUACAGAAGAUACAGCAAAUUCUUUGACCUUCAGAUGCAGAUUCUCGACAAGUUCCCAAUCGAGGGAGGGCAGAAAGACCCCAAAAAGAGGAUCAUCCCUUUUUUACCAGGUAAGAUCCUGUUCCGUAGGAGUCAUGUGAGAGAUGUGGCCAUGAAGAGACUACGUUUCAUCGACGACUACUGCCGGGCACUGGUGAGGCUUCCGUCCCAGAUUUCCCAGAGUGAGGAAGUGCUGCGCUUCUUCGAAACAAAGCCAGAGGACCUCAAUCCCCCUGUCGAGGACUAUGGAAACAAACGCAAGUCAGUGUGGAUGUACGGCCUGCCCGACAGUCCCACGAAGACGGAAGCCACAGGCUUGGAGAGCGGCGACCCCAUGGUGCUGGAGCAGUACGUGGCCGUGGCCAGCUACGAGCGGCAGGAGAACUCGGAGAUCAGCCUGCAGGCCGGCGAGCUGGUGGAGGUCAUCGAGAAGAGCGAGAGUGGCUGGUGGUUUGUCAGCACCGCAGAGGAGCAAGGAUGGGUUCCAGCCACAUACCUGGACUCGCAAAACGGCACGAGAGAUGACCUGGAGCUUAGCACCACUAGGAGCGGGGAAGUCACUAAGAGACGCAAGGCUCACCUGAAGAGGCUGGACCGGAGGUGGACCCUAGGGGGGAUAGUGAACCGCCAACAGAGUCGAGAGGAGAAGUAUGUCACUGUGCAGCCCUACGCCAGUCAGGGGAAGGACGAGAUCGGGUUCGAAAAAGGAGCAACCGUGGAGGUCAUCCAAAAGAACUUGGAGGGCUGGUGGUAUAUCAGGUACCAGGGGAAGGAGGGCUGGGCCCCGGCCUCGUACCUGAAGAAGAUGAAGGAGGACUUCACCCCGAGGAAGAAGACCCUGACGGGGCCCGUGGAGAUCAUCGGCAACAUCAUGGAGAUCAGCAACCUGCUCAACAAGAAGUCCGUCAGCGAGAAGGACGUGCAGACGGACGGCAGCAGCGGCGGCGGCGGGGGCGAUGUCACACCUGAGCGCCACAUCUCUAAGAGCGAGAUCAGCCUGCCCAUCAUGCCCUGUGGGUCCACUGAGGCCAUUGGCACUGGCAGCGGUGGCACUGGCACUGGUGCCACCAGCGUUGGUACGCCUUUACCUGCACCGCCGGCCACCACAGCCCUGCCGGACAGCAGCAGCAGCAGCAUCAUCAGCAGCAAACCCAGGGCCGAGCCUGGCUCCCCGGCCAUCGCACGCGUUGCCCCACACCGAGUGGAGAUCGGCUUUGAUGCCGUAGGUUCUCCAAACCUACGUCAGAAACCUCCUCCCCGGCGAGAGGCAAACCUGGGGUUGCACUUGCCCAAGCCACCGGAGCCCCCUACUGUGGAAGCAGAGUAUUACACCAUUGCCGAGUUCCAGUCCGGCAUCUCGGAUGGCAUCAGCUUCCGUGGAGGACAAAAGGCUGAUGUGAUAGAGAAGAACUCUGGCGGCUGGUGGUACGUCCAGAUCGGUGAGACGGAAGGCUGGGCUCCCUGCUCUUACAUCGACAAGCGCAAGAAGCCCAAUCUCAGCCGCAGAACCAGCACUCUGACCCGGCCAAAGGUCCCUCCCCCUGCCCCGCCCGUCAAGAAGCAGGACUCCGCCGAGGAGACGUCCUCCCUCUGCAGCUCCUCCUCUAAAGUCCCAGAAUCCCCCAGCAGGCCUGUGUACGAGGAGCCCGAAUACGAUAUCCCGGCCAUUGGCUUUGACCAGGAGUCGGACACGGACUCCCUGAAGGGAGAGUGCUCAGCGGAGGUGAGGACCAAUGGCGCCCCUCAUGGGAAGUACCCAUCCCCCUUGGGGAAGGAUUCCCCCUCGGCAUCUCAAAAGAGCUCCCCUUUCAGGGUCGGCGAGUCCCUGGAGGACAUCUGCCGCGAGGAGUCUAUCUACGAGAACGACGGCUUCCGACCCUUCUCCUCCGACGAGUUUGCCUCAGCCAAGGACUCCAGUGGCUUGGAUUCAGACUCCCCCAAGGCACUUUCAUCCUCUUCAUCCCCUUUGGCGCGCAAGUUCCAAGGGGGGAUCUCCGUGUCUGUGUCUUCGUCCCCCGGAAGCGGUGGCAAGCCCCUGAGGAAGGUGCCCCCUGACUUGACCCGCAGCCAGUCCUUGAACCGAGCGGAACAGACCAGUCCCAGGUCGUCCUCCGACGAGUCGGGCCGGGGCUUCCGCAGGCAGAUGAGCGCCAGACGCAGCGGGGAGGAAGAUGCCCAUGCAUCCCAGAGCCCUUUGGCCCGGCCCAAGCCCGUGGUCCGGCCCAAGCCUCUGCUGACUAAGUCAGAACCGCAGAGCCCAGAGCGGAUGGACAUCAGCACCCUGCGACGGCAGCUCCGACCCACGGGCACCCUGCGCCUGAGGCCAGGAGCCCGUGGAGGCGGCGAGGACUCGGAGACGGCCUCGGUGGUGUCGUCCGAGGACUCAGCCUCGUCGCGCAGCACCUCCGACCUCUCAAGCAUCUACUCCAAAGGUAGCCGUGGAGGGGACUCCGACCUGGAGACCUGUUUCUACCGCACUACCGAUGCCUACCAGCGCGCCCAGGACACGGAGAUCAGCUUCCCCGCCGGCGUGGAGGUGGAGGUCCUGGAGCGGCAGGAGAGCGGAUGGUGGUUCAUCCGUUGGGGCCAUGAUGAGGGCUGGGCACCCACCUACUUCCUUGAGCCCCUCAGGCAGCCCAGUGAUGUUGGCCUGCCAUCACAUGACUCCGACGGCCCGCUAGGGGAACUGGGAGGAGGCGGUGGCAGCCGCGGUGGUAGCCGCGGUGGCAGCCGAGGCGGCUCCAAGUCCAACAGCCUGGAGAAGAACGAGCAGCAUGUUCAGGCCCUGAACAACCUCAACCAGCGCCGCCACACGCCCCCUAUUCCCUCUAAGCCGCCGGGAGGCUUCACCAGGUCGGCUGCCCCUGGAGGGCUGUCCAACGGGGCGGGGACGGGCACGGGGGUGCGCCUGAGGAAUGGCGUGAGACAGGCAGCUGUGCGUCCCCAGUCAGUGUUCGUGUCCCCACCGCAGCCACUGAAGGACACCAACAUGCACGCCAACACGGGGUCCUUGCGCCGCAACGAGUCCAUGGGUGCCACGGACAGCCUCCGAUCGAGCACUGGCGUGCGCCGAAACUCCUCCUUCACCACCUUACGGGCGCAGGGAUCGGCGACCCUGGACACGCGCACCAGGGCAUCCACUGCCACCGCCGUACCAAGCAGCCCCUGCACCACCGGCUCCGGCGUGGGCAUCCAGAGGAACGGCAUCCCCGUUUCCACCGUCAGACCCAAGCCCAUCGAGAAGUCCCAGCUCAUCCACAACACCCUACGCGAGUUGUACGUCUCCAUCGCAGAGUACCGCGGCGACGAUGAGACUAUGGGCUUCCCCGAGGGAACCAACCUGGAGGUGAUGGAAAAGAACCCCAAUGGCUGGUGGUACUGCCAGGUUCUGGAUGGCAUUCACAACCGUAAGGGCUGGGUCCCCUCCAACUACCUGGAGCGCAAGAAGUGACACAACGCUCCCGGAGAAAACCCUGCGCUUGAGCAUUGUGUACAUUUACGAAACUGCAGAGAAAAUAGAUCCCAAUUGUUGUUUUCGUUUUUUACUUUAAUUGAAAGACACAUUUCGUGCGGAUUUACCAGUGAUGGAGCAGUCAUUUCGGAAGUGGUGUACAGUGCGAUUGCAAGAACGGACUGAAUUUUUGGGGGUCGGGAGAACAGGAAGCUACGUCCUCGGUGCAACUUCAGGAGAGACAUUGUCUUCAGUUUGGAGAAUGUGGGGGGUUGGGGGGGGGAGGGGGGUGGAGUAAAAUUUACACCUUAUAAAUGGGGUUUACAUAAAAAGAGAAUAUCCUACAUUGAAGCAGGAAGAUAUUCUUGCACAAUACCUGCUUCUCAUGCCAAAUGGGUGCCUUCUUUGAAUGACAGUGGAUUGUCUAGAAGUAUCAAGCAUUCACCAGUGAAUCAAACAUCAGUACCAAAUCAGAAACACUGUGCCAUAGAUAUAUGUGCAUGGAAAUCACCAAAAAUGAUCUAUUUUUUAAACCAAUUUAACCUUUCGAAGAAAAAAAACAAACAAAAAAAAAACAAAUUCAGAAAUCAGUAUGUGUUAGCCUUCUCCACAAUGGAGCAUAAUUGCGAUACUAAAAUCAUUCACAAUGCAACAAAGUAGAAUGCUAUCGACGCAGUCUUCAAUGAAAACAAACCUACCUGUGUCAUAGUUACUCUGUAACAACAGAUGUGUGUAGAUAAGGUCAGGAAAAAAAACAAAAACUUUAAUCUCCUGUACUUUUAAAAAAAAAGUAAAACAAAAUGUUUAUUGUUAUUGUUUUUUUGUAUGUCUUUGAGUGUUUUUAUUUUUGUGUUUGUGUUCCUUAGAGAUGUAUUUCUGCUUUCUUGUGACAUCCACACUAAACGGUCAGCCCACAGUAAGCAGAUCUGGACAUUUUUAAUGUCACAAGAUGCUGCACUGAAUAGAAAGUCAUAAAGAGGCAUAACAAAUUGGCUAUCAUUGUUUAACCUCUAUAUCCCAUUCAGCCGUUUCUACACGUUUAUUGAAUCACGAGGCAUUCAUAAAUGCACACAAAAUAAAAUGAUAAUAAUGAAAAGGCGUCUUGUUCUUCGGAAGGUAGAUAGAAAGAGUCUUCUUGAAGCAUCUGCCCUUGUCUUGAAAAGAUAUUAGUUUACAAAAAAGGUUGUAGUAUAAUUGUUUUUUUUUUUCUUUUCUUUUCAUGAAAAAGAUUUUUACAGACAAAACAAAACUCUGUGUAUAUUUGCUGCUUUUAGUUAGCUGUUGUCACUGUUGUUGCCGUGACAACAGUGGAAAAACUAUACUGGAAACAACAAUUGAUACUAGCCAGUCAAUCCCAGGGACGUAGUUAGUAGGCCUACAUAGCAGAAAGCCCAAAAUGUGAUUGAGCCGAAGAGAAGUACCAUCGUGUUUUGCUGAUUUGUAUAGAUUUAGUAUUUAUUUUAGUGGGUACUGGAAAUACAGUGUAUUCAUCGGACUACCCAAACGAGGUUUCAGAACUGAAAAAAGGAAAAAAAAAUAAGUAUUUAAUUGAGUUAUCUGGAAGCACUUGAUAUCCUUACCCAAAGAAAAGCACAUCAAUAUGCAAAGGUUAAUUUCAACGUGACAAUAUUGCUGGGCAGUAUUGAGUAGUUGAAGUUAUAUAAUGGGCAGUUCAAUUUGUAUUGCUUUAACGGUUAAAACUUUUUUUAUCUCUGUAUUACACCUCCAUAAGGAUGAGAAACUAAGCAAAAUUUGACAGUAAGACUAAUUAGCAAAACGAUCCCUGUUUUUAGAGAAUCAGUGUGCGGCAAUAUAACCAUUCAGUCCUGGCCUAAGUGCCACUCUACCCCCUCCCCCCCAGUCCACCUUUUGAAACAUGCAAUGAUAGCACCCUCAAAAAAGAGCCCAAAUGAUCUGGUCUAUCAAAUGGCUGAUGUUCAAGACUGCUGAAAUAUUUUUCUAAUGAAAUAGUGUGAGCUCCUACAUUGGAUAGAGCACUAACUUUUCAUUUUCAUUUUCUGCUGGACAGUAUUAUAGUAUUAAACAAAGUACCUGCUAGAUUGCAGUUAUAUUCUUUUUUAAGCAGAUGUUUGUUGUUUUGUUCCCGUUGCUGUGCGAUCACACAGGGACAGUAAUAAUGAAAGAAGUGGUUCAUUUUUGUGAGUUAAUGCACUUUUUUUUUUUUAAGUACAUUAACACAAAGAUGCAGUAAACUCACUCAGCACAUUAUUUAUUGAGCGCAAUUUGUUCUUUUUUUAUAUUUAUGGAUUAUUUAAUUUUUUGUUGAUUUAUUUUUUUAUACCUCUGCACAGAAUAUCUGCCGGUUUUUUUACCAUCAUUGGCUGUCACUUAGUUGUCUCUCUUUCUGAGGCAUUUUGGCACCACCUAGUGACAGGAACGUCUUACUGCAGCAUUUAUUUUUGCUCCUUUGAACAGGAGGUGGAGAGGCUUUUCUCAAAAAUUGUACAGCCUUCCACCUGAAACUCAUCUCUCAUGUACAAGAUAAACAAGAUGACUUUCGAUAAUUGAAUGUUUUCAAAUAGUUAUGCAGCUAAAACAUUUUUGUAUCUUUAUUUGGCCUUUUUUUCCAACUUUUCCAAAUUAUUUUUCUAAGGCUGUGUGCUGCAACUUGUUGCAAUAAUGGACACUUCCUCUGUUGUUAUUGAACCUAACGUAAUGCCUGAUCCUGUUUUAUACUAUUUUCUUGUUUUACUUUUGUAUUGGGUUUAACGAUCAUUACCAACUUCAUUAAUCAAGUUAAAUCUGAAUCUUUCUAAAUUGAAAUGCAAAGUCAUAAGAAUUGUCUGACAUUUAGCAAACGGGGGGACAGAAAACAGUCCAAGCAGGUGAAUGUUAAUGAGGAUUACCUACACAGACAGUUAAAGUUAAGUUAAAUUUCAGCUAAAGCUCUUUGUGGGGGGUACUAGUUAUACACACCACACUAGCAGUGAUCAAUGAUCAUCUUGUUUUGAAUCGGCUGAAUGAAUCAUGCACCAAUCACCCCUCCCCGCCCCCGUCCCCGCCCCCCGAAUACCCAAAAUGUAUUCCUUUGACGAAGGCAUUAUGGACCUGUGUUGACCCACUCCAACGCUAUUAACGGAUAAUGUGUCUUUGUUAACUAGAUUCAAUGUACACUCUUUAAGCGUAUUGCGAAUUACAAGGGAACCGUUGCGUGUCUAGCUUGGCUUUUAAGCCGCAUUUACUUGUGUGUACUCUCAGUUUUGUUAGUACUCUUUUUUUUUUACAUUAUUUUAUCUUUCAAUCUGCAUAAAUAUUGUAAUUUAAUCUGUUUAUUUUUCUGCUUUUUAUCCUUUUUUGUAUGUUGAUAUGAUUCAAAUGUAUUAACGAGGAAAUGUGCAAUAGAAAAUAGGCAUCUCACCUGAAUCGGGGGAAAAAUAAUAAUCACAGGUUUGUUUGUUUUUUUUUGGUCAACUCAAACUGCAUCUUUUACAGUGUCAUUGGCGUAUGAUUCUUGGUAUCGUUACAUAUGCGGUAUGAACGUACCGUCCAUAGCACCAAUCUUAGUAACAGUUUGUUUAUUGUGUUUGUUUAAUGUGUUUGUUUAUUGUUUAAAAGAACGUCAAAUGAUGGACAGCUACAGUCAUUGAAGUCCGUUGCUCAAGUAUGACCUGAAUGGACCCCAAGCCAUAACCUCCAUGCUCUUAAAAAAAAAAUAAAACACACAAGCACCUACACAAAACCCACAGCCAACUGUCAGGUCAUCAUUGGCUUCGCAGUGACCUGACAGCCUCGAGUGAUCAAUCACCUUGGCAACAGGGACUGGCCACACAUGGAAAGCCACAGAACCGUCUGACAGAGGUCCACACACAGUCAAGCUGUCACAUGUCUGAAUUGCUGAGGACGCGUGCCCCCCCCCCCCCACACACACACACACACAAAAGAUUACCCCCUGCACACACACACGUAUUCCCAUGUGGCACCUGAUAAAACACACACACACACCCAAUUUCCCUUUUCUUCUUCCGAACGUCCCUCAAUCUUCCCGUCACAGUGGCAGUUGGGUUUGACAUCCCCACUCAGGUCUUUGGAGUAAGCGUUGGCUGUGAACUGAUAAUAUCGACUUUAAUAUGACGAUAAUAAAACUUCACUUUUCAUGGACUGCCACAGCUUUUAGUUCCCGUUUGCAAGACAGGUAGUUCUGAUGAUAGAAAUCCCAUUCAGUUUUCCACAUAAGGGUCUGGGUCCCUCCUAAAUUCAAUCUCAUUUUCUGACUAUAAGUCACCCACAGACUAAAAAAAUAAAUAAAAAAAUACAUUUCCAACUCAGCACCAACAUGUCAUAAAUUCGACCGGUUCGUCAUCUCUCAAUAUGACUGUGUCUAAGCCUAACUUAAGAGAACCUUCACCUCUGGUCAGUGUGCAGUUAAGAGCCUCUGGUCAGUGUCCAGUUAAGAGCCUCUGGUCAGUGUCCAGUUAAGAGCCUCUGGUCAGUGUCCAAUUUCCUUUGUAGCCCUUUAACUUAGCUUUUCUGGGUUGCUUUCUUGGCUACUUCAUCUUAUCUUGUUCUGCAGAAAUCACUAACAUGCUGUUCGUGUCUGUCAGUUGAGGAAAUCCGACAGAAAGUUCCUGUGAGAAACAAUGGUCUGAGAGGGGAGAGUCGGAGGUGUGUGUACUGUUGGCCUUAGGUAUCCUAUUAGGCCUAAGUGACUGUGAGUGUGUGUGUGUGUGUGUAAUGAAUUGUCUGCCGCAGGGGUUGUGAGAAUGUUCGAGCAAAGAUGGUUGUGUCUGUUUCGUAAAGUCUGGCUUGGAGGAAGCGAAUGCCGCGGCAAGUGACCGAUCCAGUCAUCAUAGUCAGUCAGUCUGAUUGUGGGCUAUCCUCCUGUAACCAAGGCAGGAAAAUACAAUCAGAGCAAUAGCACGUAUUUGCCUAUCAGUCGACCCAAUUAUCUCACAGCCACCAUCACUGCAAAUUAACACCAUGAAAUCCCAUUAUCAAACUUCCCUCUAAUUGCCGCCUUGGAAAACUUAACUUGUCUUGUCUUAUCUUGUGGGAUUUUCUUAGAAUGUGCCGCUUUUUGACAGUGGGGACUAAUUUGAACAAAGUGCGACAAGAUUUAUGUUUUUCAGUAAUAGGGUGAGGCAAGUUGGCUUAUUAAGACAAUGAAUUUGGCUAAAUGAUUCCAUCAUUAUUGCUCAGCCUAAUCUUUUAUCGCUCAUCCUUGUAGCCCACAACUGACUUUUUGACGGGGUCGUGAUGUCGUCUGGCUUUGCCUGAGGUGAUGGAUGCUGGGGGAUUGUUUCGAGAAAGUUUGUCGUAUGUGUGCUCAGGGUGUGAGGUGUGUGUUGCACAGGGUGUGAGGUGUGUGUGCUCAGGGAGAGUUUUAGUAGGUUUAACACAGCCCAGUUAUUCGUUUUUUUACGGUGGCUCGUUUUUGAUUUUUGUUUUUGCGUUUUCUUUUAUUUCUUUUUUGGAAAGGUGUCUAAAUCAGUUAAACUGACGAACACGCUGUUGGGGGUUUCUGCCGUACAGUGCUGCCUUUUACAGUGCUGAGUUUUAAGUAUGAGGUGAAGCAGCAGACUCGAGCUUCCCAGGCUAUAUUUGGUCAUAAUCGCUAAUCUGAGCUCCUGUUUGAUUUAAUGCGCUAAUUUGUCCAUUCUUCCCCAAUCAAUUAUUCCAUUAACUCCCUUGAUAAUUGACUUUGUCAAACGUGCAUAUGGCUACGUGUCUGCAUGGUAGAGAUUGGAUGGUGAGGGGACAUGACCAGUAGGAUUUAGGACUACAUAGCAAGUCAGACCAGUCAAAAUGAGAAUCUGACAGUCAUGGUAGUCUAUUCAGGUACAGUGUUUACCUUCAACGUGGGGGGCUCAUCAUAUCGCUUGUCAAAUCGAGCUCUUCUCACGCCGAGUGAUGAUGCUGUGGCAGUCCUCACCAUGGUAACACCAGCACCUCACAUCCCCAACGCGACCGUAGACGGACCAAUAUCGGUGCUAUAUCGUUUGUUACCCUUUUUUUUUUGUUGGAGAAUCACCUUUAUGCAUACGGAAUGUUUUGUUGGACAUCGUUCAUGUCCCUGCUUUCAAAGGAUCGCUGACUCAGGCAUGGAGGAGCUGUAUGCCCCCUAGAAGCAAGACCAUUAUGGUUUGAACAAGAAGGGAAUCAAUCAAGUGUAAAGGCAAUUGUUGUGGAAAUAUAAUGAAGACUUGGGCUUGUUUUGGAGAAAAGGCUUAGGCUCGGUGAAACAAUUUGUGUUGGGUGAGACUUGGGGGGUAAGAAAUUGGAUUAGCUGUCAGAGGAGCCUCCCACCUCAUUUUGCUUCCAAAGCCAUGUAGCUCCUUUGAAAGCAGGAGAUGGGUUUUGGUUUUACAGCUCAUCUUCAAAAAAAAGAAGAUAAAAAAAAAGUCUUUGCUUUGUCAUUUGUUUCUUAAUUUUUGUUCUGUAUCAUGUUUACAUUGUACCUUGCAUUGCCCUAAAGAAAAAAAAAAAAAACACUAUAAAAUGUAUUAUUCUUCGUU